AUGCCGUGAGAUAUUUAAUAAUAUUAGAAAUCAAUCGAGAAUGCUAUUCCUCUAUGUUGAAAUGCUGUGAAAUAUUUAAUAAUAUUAGAAAUCAUUCGAGAAUGUUUAAGUGAGUUGACAUGGGGGAUUUCAGCUUCUAGCAGGUGUUUUCACUGUCCCAUGCAGAGUUCUAGACGAGAUUUUUUUUUUUUUGUCUUCUAACACAUGGAUGCUAUUUGAAAAAUGAUCGAGUGUCUUAUAGGAGAGAGAAUACUUACAAACCGAUAACGAUGUGGAAGCACGUGUUGUUGGGGAGAAAUUUGAUUUUUUUUUUUCGCCUUGUAGCAUGCUCUCGCUCGCACGAGCCUGGAACAGAGAGAGAAACGUAUGCUAUAUAAACAGAAGUGAUGAGAGGAAAAUGCAGGGAGAGGAAAAUGAUGAGAGGAAGAAGCAGGCGAAGAGGAAGUUGGUGUUUGGGGACGAGCCUGAGGUUAGCGGGGAAGAGGAGGAGGAGUCAAUCUGCUCACAAACAAAGAAACGAGCUGUAAUGGACGAGGACUCCUCACUCGUGCCGUUAAUGAAGGAGGUGGAGGGUGCGGGAGAGUUGGACUUUGUCCAACUCAUAAACAAACCUCUACCCAAACCGUGGAUCCCGCUGAGGGAGUUGAAGGGGGAUCUAGCGUACCGCAUCAUCGGAGCUCGAGAGGAGACCAAUAAACACAGUCGACGUGUAAUUUUAAAAAUAAGGAAUGCAGGAAGCAAAUGUGAGGUGUAUCUACCUCAAAGAUUUGCUUCCUGCAUUAGCAGAGAAAAAAUAGAACAUUUUAACAUCAACUGUAAAAAUUAUGUGUUGCUAGUAACACAUAAGUCGGCAAAUUGGUCGGAUAUAAAAAUUGUUAUUGCUUAACAAUUUUUAUAUCUGUAUACAUAUGACCUAUGUGUUACAAAUUGUAUAGAUGUAUGUAUGUGUGAAUAGAUCAAUAAAUUGUAAUAUUGUUUCUAUAAAAAUUGUUUUCAAUUCUUACCUGUUGUUGUUG